UUGUUGUGUGAAUUUACUAACUCAGUAUUACUAGUUAAACUUUCUUAAAACAGAAAAUGAAUACACCAUUUGAAUCGCGAACUCUUGUCAAUGGCGGCAUGCUGAAACAGUUUACCGGCCAAUCUGUCAGCAUCAUGGUGCGCGUUGAGAGCGUGGCCGGAUCAACGCUGUUGGGUACCAGCACAGAUAAUCAAAAAUUGCGGAUCAAUCUGCCCAGCGAGCUGAGUGCCGCCCAAGGCUCAUGGGUGGAGGUAAUCGGGAUACCAAGCGCUGGCGACACCAUACGAGCCAAAGAGAUUAUCGAAUUUGGUGGCGAAAAUAUAGACUUCGAUGUGGAUAGCUAUAAUACGAUGACGCAGCUACUGAAUAACGUUCAACAAUUUUAUCGAUAUGGCUAAUUCAUUUAAGAUUCACACAACUAAUUUUAAAUUAAAUAAAUGGGAGGUGUUUUUGCAAAAAA